UUUAAUCUGUGACUGGUUUUUCGGAGCGACUCUCCUGACCUCGCUAAUCUCAGCUGCUCUCAGUGUUCACUUUAAAGUGGAAUACUUUGCGAUUUCGGGGACUGAUGGAAGAAUGAGUAUAGUGUACAGCGAGUCUGUAGUCUUUAAACUCUUGUCGUUUAUUCGGCAUUUAGUUAGAAACUCUUAUUACCGGGUAUAUUAAAGUGGGAAAACCAUGGACCCCAUAACCAAGUGGACACCUAAGCAAGUAGUGGAGUGGAUGCGAGGUCUUGAUGACAGUCUCCAGCAAUAUGUUGCCAAUUUCGAGAGAGAAAAGAUCAGUGGAGAGCAGCUGCUUAAGAUCUCGCACCAAGACCUGGAAGAGCUUGGGGUGGCUCGCAUCGGGCAUCAGGAGCUGGUUCUGGAAGCAGUGGACCUGCUAUGUGCUCUGAAUUAUGGUGUCGAAACGGAUAACUUGAAAAACCUAGUGGUGAGAAUGAGAGCAGCAUCCAACAGUCUCCACUUAAGUACGUCAGAGCGCAGAAAGAUUCCUAUGUCUGAAGGCAACGCCACUCACAAACCCCCUAACGAGUUCCUGACCUCUGUGGUGGAGUUAAUUGGUGCAGCGAAAAGCCUUCUCACGUGGCUGGACAGAACCCCUCUGACUGGUAUAAGUGACUUCACCAGUACCAAGAACAAGAUCAUUCAGUUGUGCUUGGAGUUGACCACCACAGUCCAACAGGAUUGCACUGUUUAUGACAUGGAGGAGAAGAUUUUGGGAGUUUCCAAGGUGCUAAAUGGGAUCUGUGACCAGACCGUGAGAACAACCUCUGAUCCUAUAAUGAGCCAGUUGACAUGCCUGGAGGAAGUGCAGCUGACCAACAUCAAGCCAGGAGAAGGCCUGGGGAUGUACAUAAAAUCCACCUACGAUGGGCUUCAUGUCAUCACUGGCACUACUGAACAUUCUCCAGCAGACUUGUCUCACAAGAUCCAUGCAGGUGAUGAGGUGAUUCAAGUGAACCAGCAGACUGUGGUAGGCUGGCAGUUGAAAAACCUGGUGGCUAAGCUAAGGGAGGACCCUAAAGGAGUGGUGCUGCUGUUGAAGAAAAGGCCAGCAGGCACAUCUGGCUUCACACCGGCACCACUUAAAAACAUGCGAUGGAAACCACCGCAGGCACAGAACUCCUCUUCACCAAGUAAAACCCAGUCACCUGACAACAGCAUUGGAUCGACAAGCAAGAAGCAGAAACCAGCCAUCUUAGACUUGUACAUCCCCCCACCUCCAUCAGUGCCUUACACACCACGGGAAGCUAGGACCAACUCGUUUAGCAGCAUUAACAGCAGACCAAAAGGCUCUGAGUCUCCCAACUCCUUCCUGGAUAAAGAGAGUCGUUCCCGCUUCAGCAUUACAGACCAUGACAAGCUGACUGUCUACCCUGUGGAGGCCAACAUUGUGCAAAAUCGACUGAGGGAGAGGAACUCCUCAUAUGUCAAACCACGGCCUCUGUCCAUGCCAGCAGAAACGUGUCUGAGUGUGACAGACCCUUAUGCCAGGCCAUGGACACAUGGAAGGAAAGGUGACGACCUCUUGUACAGAUACCUUAGCAAUGAGCGCAUACCGACUAUAGACGAGGAGGUGCCUGCUACAGGACGCUCAUACAAACCAUCUCAGGAGCGUUGUGUACGAGGCGUAGAUCACGUGCGGAACAGCCGCUUUCUCGUCAGUGUAGAUCUCCAUAACAACGCCACCAUUCCUUAUCAGGAGGACUUUGCUAAAAACGCAUCAACAUCCACCCCAAAAAGACCCCCUGCGGAGCCCUCGCUACUGGAUUCUAACUGGACAUCUAGUAGUGCAUUUAUGAACAGGUACAGCACAAGAGCAGUCCGAGCCUGGUCAUUCUCUCAAGCGGCCUCUUUUCCCAUCUCACUAACCCCUCGAACAGAUGUUGAUGAAUACAACCCUGUGUCCCUCCGACACAAGUCUAAGAGGAAGACUCGAGACAAUGCAACAAUGAGCAGAAGGAGGGUUUCCGUGAAGGACCUGGACCCAGUGGACCACCAGGGUUGGCUCUACAGGAAGAACGAUGGGAAAGGGUUCCUGGGCAUUAAGUGGAAGAAGUACUGGUUUGUUCUGAAGAAAACCUCACUUUAUUGGUACCACAACCAAAUUGCUGAUAAAGCAGAGGGUUACAUUAACCUGACUGAUUUUCUGAUUGACCGGGCAAUGGAGUGCAAAAAAAAAUAUGCUAUAAAAGCAUGCCACCCAAAGGUCAGAAUUUUCUACUUUGCUGCUGAGAGUCAUGAGGAGAUGAACAUAUGGCUGAAUAAGCUCGGGCUUGCAUCCAUAAAGUAUGAAUUCACAGAGAACCAUCAGGCUGAAUGCUAUAGUGAAUCUAGUGAUCAUGAGGAGGCUGAGUCCACUGAGGCACCCCCUCCACCCUACUCUGAGCUGCUGAACCAACACUCGCACAAUGUGAACAGUCCACCAGAAACUGGACUGCCGGAGAGUCUUCCUCCUCCAUACUCAUCGCCUGUGCCCAGUGAGGUUUCGCCAUCCUCUCCAGUAAGCACUAUGACAUCUCAAAGCUCCAUGUCCUCUCUGGCCAAACAGCGCCAGUCCUGGCUCGACCUUGUCUCCCAGGCUGGACCUACUACUACAGACAACGUGGUGUCCAUUGCUCAGGUUCACACACAAGGAGACAAAGCAGAAGAAGUACCACACUGCAGUGUUGCUGCUAUACUGGGUCAGGAACCCAGCACCAGUGUAGAGCUCACAAAGCAAACUUCAGUUCAUUCCGGAUACAACCUGAGUACACAAAACUCCAAGAGUGAGGAAAGCAGUAAUGAUGAGAUGGAGAAAUUGUACAAUGAUCUAAAGAGGGCAAGCCUUUCUCCAAUGGGUGAGCGGAGGCCGUCAUCAAAGCGAGAAUUCAGAGCUUCCUUUAUAAAACGCUGCAAAAACCACAGAGUCAAUGAGAAAUUACAUCUCGUCCGAGCACUCAGAAGCACACUGAAGGCUAAAGAGGCGGAUUUGCUGACUCUGGAUCAGGUACUGGCUGACCCCGUGCUCACAGCCAGUAAAUUCCGACAGUGGAAAGUGUCAAACACGGUUUUGAUACAGGAAAUGCAUGCAAGAAAUCCUCCUCAGACCGACUCCACAGAAGCCUCUGAUUUAGCAGCUGCUGUUCCCCCUUUAACAGAAACUUGUCUUUAGACAGACAACAAAAACGCAAACAUGGUUCGGAAGAAUGAGCAGGCCACAAUGGACCCAAGUCAGAAACGUUUCCCAAUUUGACACAUGCAAAGCACGUAGUUUAAAAAAUGGAAUGACUUGGCACAUUAACUAUUUUAUCUAUUUUGGUUUACUGUUGUUUAGAACCAUUAGUGUCUCGCACCAGUGCUGGAGCAUCUGCUACUACUGUUGUUAGGUCAUACCGGAGAAGUGUUUUUAUUAUCUCCUGAUAGGACAAAAUCCUGAAUUGUUUUUUUUAUUAUUAUUAUUUUAUUUUUUUUAAAGCAUGUACAGUUUUAAAAUGUGUUUUUUGUAAAUUUUUGCUCACAUUCACUUUGGCAUAAAUUGUAUAUUUCCAUUUUAGUGAAAUAAGAAUAAACACAUGCUUAAAGUGAAAA